AAUGUCGAAGUGGAUAGGUACGCCGUGUCAGUAAACUGUGGCGAGCCCCUGGGAUGUUAUCAGGGUACUAUACUGGGAGCCGACGGUAGCACCAUCACGUUGACUAAAGCAUUUAGAAAUGGCUUCCCUUACCCAAAGUCUCAAGUCACACUGAAUUCGGCUGAUAUAAAAGACUUGAAAAUAAUUGAAGAAGCACGUACAGAGCCAUCGGAACAGACGCACAGCACUGUAGCUGUCACAAAGAGCGCCAAGAAAGGCCAAAGAGCCACUGUAUGUGAAAAUUUGGAGGCAAAUCCCUCACAUCCCACUGGAUCACAGACCUGCAACAAGACGUGCAGCAGCAGGACCGCACCCUCGGCGCCGCGGAGCAAGCCGAUAGACAUCCAGGGGCCGAGGAUCAAUAGGAAUACCCAUUCAGGCAGCUACGGCAAUGCGAGCUCAACUCCUAAGACGCGCCCUCAGCCCGGGGGGGAGCGAGCGAGGAGGAGGAAUGAGGCCUGCUUCGGACACGAUGCGGACCCCGCGCUAGGAGACGACUUCGACUUCGAGGGAAAACUCGCGCUCUUCGACAAACAGGCGCUGUGGGAGGAGAUGAGGACGACCGCCGCCACCAGGCCGGACGUGGUGCGAGCGGCGGACGAGGCAGCGCGGUACAGACACGACGAGAACGUGCUCGGGAGUGCGCCCCCCGCGGACAUCACUGUCCCCGCGGACAGGAGGGGGCCCGUGGUGUACGCCGCGGACGACGGCCGCGGGUGCCGUCGGUCACCCUCGAUCUGCGCCGACUUCUGGCUCGGUCUGCGGCGGCUCGGGCUGCUGGAGGGCGCGCAGGUGCUGCUGGCGCGCGCCGCCGCGGACCUGGCGCUGCGGCUGGCGGGCGGCGGGCGGCGCCUCGAGCCUCGCAAUGCAACCAGGCGCCGUGGCCGCCGUGCUGGCCGGGUGCACGACGGCGGUGUGUGCGGACUCGUGGCCGCGAGGAUUCUGGCGGCGCACGGCGUUGCGGCGCAUGCCUUCCUGUCGGGGACGACGCGCGAGCCGCCCGGAGCGGCGUUUCGGCACACGCACGAGGCGGCGCUGGCGUGGGCGAGGGCGGCGCGCUCGGCGUGCGUGGCGCUGGAGCCGCCUGCGGAAGGCUGGCCGGGUGGUUCGUGCCGCGCGUCCGUAGUGGCGGGCCUGCCGGCUGCUCUGUCCCCAUCCUUGGGCCGGGUGUAUGCGGCCAACGUCGCGGCUCCGGCCCGCCUGUGGCGCGAGUUAAGCGUGUCCUACCGCCCGCCCUUCGGAGCCGCCUCGGUACUGGCGCUGGACUGACGACCCUCUUCAUCAGAGAAGCAUAAUUUUGAUAAAAUAAUAAAUAUUUUCCUGAG